AUGUUUUCAGUGGCUGGUGAUUUCAACGGUAUAGAUUCUAAACUUGAUCUCUGGUCCAAAAUGACAGAAGAUCUAGAGCACAAUUAUUUAUAGUAUAACAAUCAACUGAGAUAACAAUAGUUUUAGCAGCAGUAGGAAUAUAAUCAAAUCUAAAUUAAAAAUGAGGAAACAGUAUCACAGACCUUUGACCAAAGUAACAAAUUGAAUGAAUUAAAACCAAUAUCAACUCCCUCAUUUACCUUGCCUUAAGCUCUCAAAUUAAACUAGAAGAAAAUUGCAGCAGCCAAGAUUAAAGAACCAAAAAUAAAAAAAGAAGAUAAAGAACCUAAAAUAGCUUAGCCCAAAGCUUAGCCAUAGUAAAAGCAGCCUAUACUAAAUAUAACAAAUUAAAUGCAGUAACUGUAAGCGCUUACCUAGGUUAAGAACAAGUUUAGCAAUGCUAGUGUCAUUAAGUAGGACUUUACUUUGUCUUCAGGAGCCAUGCAAAUUGACUCUAAAUUAUAGCCAAAGUUAUCUUUAUUGGAAGCAGCUUCUAAAAUAAUUCAGGAUAAUAAUGUCCUAGCUGCUACUCUGGAAAAGAUACAGCCUAAAAUCAAGACAUUCAUCAAAGAUACUGAGAGAGCCACUUAAAAUAUUGUUAAUGGUUUGGAGUAAAAAAUUCAGAGACUUGCUAAAAGCUAGCAGAAGCAAGAGGACUUUUAUACAAAGAUUGAUCAAGCUAGGUUGCAAUUGGAAAUAUAAGAGUACUAGCAGCAGUAGAUAGCUAAUAUUGAAAAUCUAAAAUAGUAAAUCAGUUAUAUACAACUUAAUUUGGACAACAUAAAUAAUUUCAAAACUCAAAAAAUCAAGAUAAAUAUCGAGUUUGUUCUCUCAGCCUUAGAAGUCUAAUCUAACAUAGGGAAAUAUGAUAGGCUUAUCUUUAAUGACAUGGUCUACAAUAUUCAAACUAAUGAAGCUAUGUAAAAAUUUGACUAUAAAGAGACGAUUAAUGGAGCGAUGGGGUUUGAAAACAAUGAUCUAAUAUUAGCCCACGACAACUAUGGCAAAAUUUCGCAUUGGAAAUGGACUGGGUCUCAGUAUGAGUUUUAAAGAUUAAAUAUCUCCAUGAAUUCAAGGAAAGAGGCCAGUGUUAGUCAACUAAAGUACUAUCCAGAGUAUUUCAAUGAUUUGCUAUUCGCAGUGUGCAAAGGGGCAUCGGUCAUUAAAAUAAAACUAGAUCUCUAGGAUUUUAAGAAAUCCAAAUCAAGUGCCUUGUACUCAGGCAAAGCAGAUUAAAUGAUAGAAUACAAAGUAAUCAGUCCAAAUAUCAUGAUUGCUUUGUAUAGUUAGAAUUUGGUUCAAGUUGACAUAGAAAGCACAAAAACUCUAUAAACAUACAAUUUCGCGCCAAGCGUUACCAGUUCCAUCUUCUUACUACCAAACUUCGAUCUAAAUCAGUUUCCUAUGGUUAUGUUCUAGAGUGGCACCUAGAAGAUGAAUAUUGUAGACUUGAAUAACGUUGGGUAUAAGGGAAAUGUAGUAGGCCUUGAAAAUGUAAAAUUGCUAUAGAAAUUAGACUUAGUAGAAAAUGUUUAGGGGAAUGAAGGAUAUGUGAUUGGAAACGAUGAAAACAAUGAAACUAAGAUUUACAAAUUAAUACUUAAUUGA